AUGAGGAUUCCGCACAGUAUAUCGAAGAACGUUGUAGCCGCUUACAGGUGCUCGCCAGAGACGUUGCUAUUGCCGCAAGAGCAAGGAAGAACGCUGCGAGCGGAGGACGCCUCAUGGGACGACGGCGCAAUCCCCGAUUUGAAGACACUCGCGCUUCGCGCAAUAGUCUCAACGUGGAAAGAUAAUCCUAUUCUGGAGGAUCUGCCGACGUGCGUCGACAGAGAACUGCUGCUGGAAAUACUGCCGACUGAUCUCCCUUUCGAGUCGACGAUAACGAAAAUCGCGGAUGGUUUUUAUUGGGAACGCGCGGCCAAGGACAGGUGGGAACAGAACGAUCCAGGCAAAUAUGGCGAUUCAUGGCGACGAUUAUAUUGCGAGCGGCACUUAAGUGAAUAUCUGGAAACUUUGGAAGCGAGCUACUUCGAAGCUCAAAGAAAGGAAUGUGAGAAACUAAUAAAUCUCGUCAAGGAUUACAUAUACGUCAUAAGACUUCGUAGUCUCGUGCCCACUAAAAAGCUAGUUACCGAAGAGGACGAUGAAGAAUCUGCCCUAAUAGACAAAGACAUCGUGCAUCAUAUUCCCAUGGCGAUUAUACUUCCGCAAUUGCCGAAUCUCACCGAAAUUUAUCUCAACUUUGGUAUGAUCUACAUGGAUGACGGUUUUGAGUGGCGGGAUUUCAAAUUUUCGUUGGAGGAUUGCAUAAGUUUGGGGGAGGGAAUUAAAGCCAGCCCGAAAUUGAAGAAAUUCAGUUUAACCCGCAGCAACCUGGAUCAGCAUCGUAUCGCCGCUAUUCUUCAAGGAAUGGCAUUGAACGAUAAUAUCGAAGAACUGGAUGUGUCGCAUUGCAAGUUGAUGGACACCGGUGCGCAUGCAGUGGGCGAAUUUCUGUCAAUGCAUCGGAAAUUGAAAACUCUGCAUUUGACGAACAACAAUAUAGGACCGAGCGGAGUGGCCGGCAUCGUUUUCGGAAUAUUAAAAGGGACCUCGACUGCUCUGAAAAAUUUGAAUCUCAGACUGAAUCCCUUGCAAGACGAGGGAGCCAAUCACGUAUGCGCUCUUCUAGUGAGAAAUAAAACUUUAGAAACUUUAAACAUCAGCGGCUGUGAAUUGGGAUCUGAAGCCGGCAUAGCGCUUGCAGGAGUCCUUUCCUCUGGUUGUGUAGAACUUGAGACUUUAUCUCUCGAUAUAUCAAACAACGAUUUUGGAUUGACUGCUGGAGAAUCAUUCGAAGCGGCUAUGGCCUCGGCCUCCUGCUCGUACAUUAUCCACUUGGAUGGUCGAAUGUGUAAUUUCUCAAAAGAAUCGGAGUACUCGAUCAAUGAGAGCGCGUACAGGAAUAAACAAAAUAUGAAAAAGGAAAGGAUCAGAGCGGAGUUUUCCCGAAGAGACGACUAUUCAUCUAUCGCCAAGGAUUUGCAACAACAACCGGAAGCUGGGCCGUCAUUGCCAGAGUCGCUGUCUAUUUUGACUCAUUUUACUGAAGACGAAUCGAUGCCGAUGAGCUAGAAUUGGUGAAAUCAAUUCUCAGGACCUGGCGUACAGGCAAUCCCGUCUAUUAAGGGAAACAGACGAGCUCUCUCGGUUAUAGAAAAUUUAAGACGCCGUUUGGCAGCGAUGCCACGAGCGAUGCAUCCAAAUUUCAGAUAAAACUAAGGCGACCAUAUACAGA